AGAAGAGAGAUUCUCUAGUUCAAUGGGUCAUACAGAGGAACAUGAAGGCUCAGAUGAGCCCCUGAUCGAACGUGAGAGACAGAUUCUCGCACGUUAUGGGAGUUUACCCAAGCAAAACGUACUCCUACGUUCUCAAGUGAAAGAACGCAAAUUCUUCGACUCGGGGGAUUUUGCUAUUUCCAAAGCCACACGAGACAGUGCGACUGGUCACCCUAAAACAGGGAAGCAACAUCCUAACUUCAGCCAAAUCCCUCAUCUCUCCGCGCCAGUGCCCAGUGAUAGCAACGUGGAAUCGAAUGCGAACGCCUCAAAUCAACACAAGCUGAACGACGACCUGGGCAGGUCAGCCGGCGGGGGAAGCGAGCAUCGCAGUAGUUGUGGAAAAGUUCAAGGCUCAAACCUGGUCCACAGCUCAGAGGACCGUCAGAGGAACGAUGCAACUGCCAUGCAUUGAGCUGGUCGUACGAAAAAGUGAGCACUAACGUUCGGGUAGGUUGAUCCUCAACUGCACAUUAUACUGGUACUCGGAUGCAAAUUUACUCCUGGGUAUAGAAUACAGUACUUGGGCAUUAAGGCAUGAUCGCGCGCAGAGAAUUCCUUGCAUGACGUACCCAAGGUGUCAUGCAAGAUUUAUAGCGUUGCUGUGCGGAAGGAAAUCCCGGCGAUUAUCCAUAAAAGGUAAUUCUGGAAAACUUAAUUAUCAAAGCUGGAAAUUACAGCCAGUGUUGUUUAGCACGAAGGAUUUCUUUAUUCACGUGACUGCAUUAAACAACCUAAUCGGCACGUGAUAUUGUCAUCAACAAACUGCCCACGGAGAUUCAAUUCGGAUUCGCCGGGAUACGCAAGAUGAACAGCCUUCGGGGAGUGCUGGGAUCUUCUUACACAAGAGCCGAAUAAACCUCAAGUGGCAGCAUGCCUUGAAUGGAAGUGUUUGUUGGACCGAAUGGACGGAUUCUUUGGGGGGUGGUCACACAAGUUGU